CAACCCACUUCAACGUUGGCUGCGAACACACGGAAAUCCCACAUCUUUCGUAUUAUGUUUGGUGCGCUGAUGCAAACUCUUGUUUUAUUGAUUCAUUGUGCCCAGUAUCGUGUAUGUCUUCAGCCUCCUACCUCAAAACGGUCGGUUCUUUCUCUGGACCAUGGGCAUAACCAGCAGUGCUUUACUGAACACAGCCACCGGGUGACCAACGUGCUUCAGCAAACAAGUCUCCGUGCGCCUGCAACCGCAGCGAAAUGGCCCUGCCAUGUCACACAGUCACCUAUCUUAUCACUACUCUAUUUCCUCGCCCCCGACUGUCUAUUCGAUGGGUCGAUCGAGCUGUGAUUUGCGAUUC